AUGGCCCGUUGGCGCCGGUAUUUUCGAUCCCCUGAAACCCACGGGCAGACCCAGGGUUCCCCAUCAUGCUUGGAUUGGAAGACGGAUGACAUCGAUAUCACGGUAGUGGAAUCCACCCCAGCCACGCAGGAUAGCACUGGGGCUGCCAAGAUCCAGGCUGCAGAAGCUGUGGGUGGAAGGAAGGGCAGGUAUCUGCUUUAUGCGGGGUUGGCGAUGAUGAUGGUCAUCUAUGAAUUGGACAACGCGACCGUCGGAACUUAUCGCAACUUUGCAACAUCGGACUUUGAUGCGCUGUCAAAGCUCGCCACCCUCAACACAGCGGCCAGCAUUAUCUCCGCCGUCACGAAACCGCCAAUCGCGAAGAUAUCCGAUGUCCUUGGUCGUGGAGAGGCAUACAUCUUCGCUGUCUCGUGUUACAUUUUGUCCUAUAUCCUUUGUGCUUCUUCUCAAUCCUUCGAUACCUACGCUGGCGGCUAUGUCCUUUACUCUGUUGGUCAAGCUGGGACUUCUUUUCUCAACGCUACCAUUGUGUCGGAUCUCUCUUCGAUGCGAUGGAGAGGCUUCGCGUACAACGUUCUUUAUGUCCCCUUUUUGAUCACCCCGUGGAUCUCCGCUUUCAUUGUAGACAGCGUCGUCAAUGGAAUCGGCUGGAGAUGGGGAAUCGGUAUGUUUGCCAUCCUGAUGCCCUUAGGUGCUAGCUUCAUCAUUACCACCCUUCUUAUCUUUCAGUGGCGGGCUAAGAAGGCUGGACUGGUUUUGAAAGAGCAGCUGAGCAUCUAUGAGUUCUGCUCGCGCAUCGACCUGGGCGGCUUGAUCUUACUCAGUGGGGGCUUCUCUCUGAUCUUGAUCCCCAUAACAUUGGCUGCUACCGUUGCAGACAGGUGGAAGACGCCUUGGGUGGAUGCUCUCAUUGCCGUGGGCGCGAUCAUCCUGGCGUGUCUCUACCCAUAUGAGAAAUAUGUCGCCCGGCAUCCUGUCGUCCCAGUCCACUACAUCUGGAACCUAUCCGUUCUCAUCCCAGUGGUUCUGGUUGCAGUCGACAACAUCAGCUUCGGUGCUACACAUACCUACUUGUUCGUCUGGUCAAUGGUCUCCCACAAUUUCAACGCGCGGGAUGCGCAAUUCCUGUACUAUGUCAAUGGGGUCAUGCAAGCUUUGGUAGGCAUGGCGACCGGUCUGGUCAUGUAUCGCUUGCGCUCCUAUAAAUGGAUCGGCGUGGCAGGUGCGGUGAUUCGCAUGGUCGGAUAUGGGGUGAUGGUUCGCCUACGCACGAACCAAAGCUCGGUUGCAGAGCUUGUUAUCGUGCAGCUCGUCCAGGGCAUCGGCAGUGGCAUCAUCGAGACAGUGGCUGUAGUGGCCGCUCAAAUCGCCGUUUCUCAUGCCGAGAUGGCCCAGGUCACGUCUCUGGUCAUGCUGGCUGCCUACCUCGGCAACGGGGUCGGAUCUUCCAUCGCAGGUGGGAUCUACUCGGGAGAAUUACGCCGCCAGCUACGGUUGCACCUUGGGCCUGAUGUAAACCAAGCCGAGGUGGAAAAGCUGUACAAUUCGAUCACGGGCACAUUGCCGACUUGGGGAUCCCCUGAGCGGGUGGCAAUCAAUCGAGCUUAUUCUGACGUCAUGGGGCUUAUAACGAUCGCGGCCCUGGCAUUCUCUGCUCCAGUCGUAAUCUUAUCGCUUGUGCUCCCAGACAAGAAGCUUGGGGACGGACACAAUUUGAUGCAGGGGAAAGGAAGCUCAACCUCAUCCGACUCGUCAUCUUUGGAUGAGGAGAAGACACAGAAUGCUUAA